UAUUUUUUUAGAUCCAUUUGUGGUGGACGAUAUUUAAUUGUGGCAGCCCGCCACAAAUAAAUCCAUGGACGGAAAACACUGUUUUAUUCAACCUCUAUGCAUGUAUAUGCCAUAAUUUUCAAGUGUCCGACAGCAAGGGAACGCAGCACAGUUUAACAAGGCCGAGUGCCUGAAAGUCAUUUGUUUUCCCUGAAUCGCACCGACUGGAUUGGACAGCCGGGAGAUCCGCCCACAAACACGCAAGGUGGAGUUGAAAAGAAACAACAUGCUGGGCCAAAAUGAAGCUGUCAAACAGCCUCUUACUACUUGCUAAAACAGGAAUCGAGCAAUGUGAAAGUAAAUGAAGGCUGGUGGACCAAUUGAAUAGUUUCAAGUUGGAAGCUGACGUUUAAAAGCGAAAAUAUUUAAAUUAUUUUUUUUAUAUUUCAUUUAAAAAAUGUUAAGUUAUUAUUGUAUGUGAGAUUUGUUGGUUUCAAUUAAAUUAGACACACAUAAAAAAAAAACGUUGGCUCAUGAAACUUUCCCGAUUAAAUAUUGCGGGUUGAAGAACAGACAUGGCCGGUCUUUGGGAGUAAAGUAGUAAUCGUUCGGUUGGGCUCAGAAACAACGAUGCGAGGUAGGAAAAAAUGGAUGUCUCCGCGUAGCGAAAUGGUUGGAUGGAGAGAGAGGAGCUGCUGUGCGUUGAGUGGAGGGAGACGGCGAGUGAGAUGGAGGCGGGGGGGAAGGACCAUCUCUGCGGGGACUGGAGCCCAGGACCGACGGCGCAGUGCUGGCUAUCGUUCAACCCUCCCCUUCUUCCUCCACAACGACACCAAAGCUCACGCCGAGAGACAGGUAAGCUGACUGAACAACCGCGGGGUUUCAUAAUAGGAUGAAAGUGCGCGAUAAACCAACAACAGCGUUUAUAGCCGCAAAAUCGACCUUUAAUGUUUGAUUUUGUUUACUAAUAAAGCACGUAGGUUGGCAGGCUUUGUAGAAGCGAAACAAUCCGACCGCUGUGGCAGGGUACAGACGAGGUCGGCCAUACCCGAAUUUGUUGUCCUAUCCAGCGGGGAAAAUUGCAUGUAACACCCCGAGGUAAAUAUGUUAUUUGCUAAAAAAUUACAUCAAGAUACUUUUUUAUACUAAUUCCCGUAAUCUAAAAUCGUCUAUGUGUACUGUAACCGGGGUAUUUUCGUGUGGAAAUGCACGGUGGUUUCCGCGCGGAGACCUCCAUGCGGCUGUUGGCGGAACAGCUAGCCGCCUCUCUCGGUUAGCCAUCAGGGAUCUCGGUUUAAUAUCUCACCGUGCAGAGACUCGCCCUCUCUCUCCCCCUCUCUCUCUCACUGACUAGCCCUGGAACACCGACGACCGAGCUCGGAGAACCCGCCUUCUUGUUCUCGUUUAUACGCUUUUUGGAUCGAGGGAAGGGAGUCUGCAACGCCCUGGGUUUAGUUUUAAGCUCCGUGUUUUGUGUUUGCAGUGCGCCAUUGGACCUUGUCACGGUAGGUUUCCUAAGAUCAGAGCUGAAGCAUGGCGGACCUGGAGCUGUUUGUCGCGCCAGUGAACCUUCUCAGCCUCGGUUGUUAACAUGUUUCCUUUUAGCGUUUACCUUAAAAUGUAGGUACAGUUUAACCUCGUUGUACUGUAGCCGAAACCUCAACCAGCUACUGUUUAAACGAAUUAGCUCGCAAAGUAUCUCGAGGUUGUAACGUUUGACCGUUAACAAAUAUUUUCCGAUUCCUUCUUUCUUGGUGCGCCUCCGCAAGUCCCUCCAACCGACCACCACGAGCUGUAUCCUGGGCAUGAACAUUUGUGAAAAAAAAUGAUGUAAAAAUACGGUUAAGUUUAAUAUAGGUUGACGUUUAACGUUAUCUCACAAUAUAACCGUUAAUCAACUGUUUUAACUUGAAUGUAACAGCCAACCUGUCUACCUCCGGGAGAUCUUUUUUAAAUGCAUACACGCAAAGAUUUAGACAAUAUUUGUAUCAAAUGUUAAGUGUCAAAAAUAUGUAGGCUAUUUGAACUAUAUUUGAAGUCAAGAUUUCAGCUUCACUUGGUGUUCCAAUUUGCCCUUGGCCGUAUUGUCUCAGAUCUCGAGUUUGUACUCCAUAUGUUGUCAUCUUUAUGAAAUUGUUAAAUAUGUAAUGUUCAAAAGUCUCCAGAUGUACGUUAUGGAAGCUUUUUGGUUACAUAAAUGGUGAAAUCGAUUGUUAUAAGGUAGCUAUGUCACAUCGUGAACACCACAGUGAGCUGGGGCCAUCAAGGACACGAUGAACAACAAGCAGCCGCCAUCAUUGGAGCACAGCUCGGCUACGCCUCGCUGAAGAAUGCUCUGGGUUUUGCUCUAAAAUCUCGAUGUUAAACGCCAAAAACCUAAAUAAUGCGGUCUUUAAAUACUCUUAAAACAUAUUUAUUUACUGUAAGCGAAUAUUGUAUUGGUUUCCUGGCUCCAGUUUUAGUCAACGGUUAAGGAAAAGAUUAUAGGGUUGCAUGGCGGAUCUAGAUCCGCGUCCUUCGGUGAUGAGGCGCCUCUUCCGAGUGGCGCAUUUGGCUGCAGUGCUUCCAAGCCACCAUUCCCCCUCGUCGGAGACCGAAAGCAGAUCCCUCGUCCGUGGUCAGCUGGUCGCCUACAGCUGCCUGUCUGUCCACGUCCAUUCGCUUCCUCCUUCCGUGGAUCCUCCCCAACCUCGACAGAAAACCCUCCAUUACCGAGCGGAGCGGGCGAGAAAAUGGUCGCUCCUGUGUGUUCACGAUACUUUAGUUGUGGACGAUAGGACGAUUGAACACAGUAUAACCACAAAUGAAUGGAGCCAUGGAGGCAACCACCCAAGACAAAGGUGUGGUAUUGACAUUUUGGGCACAGGACGACCUCUUAAAACUGCUGGAGGCCAUGAAACUGGCCCUGCCUCAGAAGGACCUGACCAAAUACAAAACAUCAGAGUCCCACCUUGACUGGACGAAGGUGGCCUUCAAUUCCUUCACAGCAGAGAUGUGUAAGCAGAAGUGGUCAGAGGUCUCUAAAGAGAUUCGUAAAUUCCGCACUCUGACAGAACUGAUAUUUGAUGCCCAGGAUUAUAUCAAGAACCCAUACAAGGGCAAAAAACUAAAGAAACACCCAGAUUUCCCCAAGAAGCCCUUGACUCCAUACUUCCGCUUCUUCAUGGAAAAGAGGGCCAAAUACGCAAAAUUGCACCCUGAGAUGAGCAACCUAGACCUUACUAAAAUUCUCUCUAAGAAGUACAGAGAGCUUCCUGAAAAAAAGAAGAAAAAGUAUGUUGAAGACUUUUUAAGAGACAAAGAAACAUUUGUGCACAGCAUGUCGAAGUUCAGAGAACUACACCCGGACCUAAUGGAAAGUAUGACGAAGAAAGGUUCAAAUGCACCAGAAAAGCCCAGGACACCCCAACAGCUGUGGUACAACCACGAAAAGAAGGCUGUCCUCAAGACACGCCCGGAUGCAACAACCAAAGACAUUAAGGAGAGUCUUGGCAAACAGUGGACGCAGCUGUCUGACAAGAAGAGACUCAAAUGGAUUGCCAAAUCCCUAGAGCAGCAGAAACUUUACGAGGAGACAAUGCGGGGGUACAUCCAGCAGCACCCGGAGUUAAACAUCACCCAAGGGGAUAUCUCCAAGUCCACCCUGACCAAGGCAGAGAGGCACCUGAAAGACAAAUCUGAGGGCCGACCUGACAAACCUCCUCCAAAUGGUUACUCGAUGUUCUGUGCGGAGUUGAUGUCAAGCAUGAAGGACGUUCCCAGCACGGAGCGCAUGGUGAUGUGUAGCCAGCGGUGGAAGCUGUUGAAACAGAUUGAGAAGGAUGCUUACCAGAAACGCUGUGAACAGAGGAAGAAGGACUUUGAAAUCGAUAUGCACGUAUUUCUCAGUAGUUUGUCAGAGGAGGAACAAACCCGAGUUUUGUCUGAGGAUAAAUUAGGCUUUAAGAGAGGCGGAGCCAACAGUCCUGCGGCAAAAAAGAAGGCCUCCAGAGCAAAGGCCAAUCCAGAGAAACCCAAAAGGCCAAUUUCAGCCAUGUUCAUCUUCUCUGAGGAGAAGCGUCCCAAAAUGCAACAGGAGCGUCCGGACGUUUCUGAUAGUGAGAUCACAAGACUCCUGGCUCGCAUGUGGAACGAGCUGCCCGACAAGAAGAAGGAAAAAUAUAAGCGCUUAGAAAUGGUCCUGAAGGCAGAGUCGGAGAAGAAGGAGAAAGAGGAUCGUACUCGACUGCCCGACCCCCCCAAGACUGCUCAGGACAUCUGGCAGCAGAGCGUCAUCGGAGACUACCUGGCCAGAUUCAAGAGUGACCGGCCAAAGGCACAGAAAGCCAUGGAAGCAACCUGGAGCAUUAUGGAGAAAAAAGAGAAAAUCAUGUGGAUCAAAAAGGCUGCAGAGGACCAGAAAAGAUACGAGAGAGACCUGUGUGAGAUGCGCUCACCUGCUGCUACCAUCGCCGCAGGGAAGAAGAUGAAAUUUGAGGGUGAACCCAAGAAACCACCAUCAAACGGCUAUCAGAAGUUCUCUCAGGAGAUGCUGUCCAACGGAGAACUGAAUCACCUCCCAAUGAAAGAGCGGAUGACAGAGAUCGGCGCCCGCUGGCAGAGGUGUACACUGAAGGACAAAGACCGCUACAAGAAGAUCGCAGAGGAGAAGCAGAGGCAGUACAAAGUCCUUCUGGAACAGUGGCUUGGUAGCUUGUCUUCACAAGAGAGAAACACCUACAAAGAAUAUAAUUCACAAAAAAGAAGAACUACAGCAAAACCAGGAGGCCCCAAGGCAAAGGCUAAGAAAUCUGACACGGAGGAAGAGGACGAUGAAGAAGAUGAGCGGGAAAAGGCUUCCACUGAGGCAUCCUCAUCCAGCGAGGAUGAUGAUGAUGAUGAGAAGGAGGCGGAUGAUGACGAUGAAGAUGACGACGACGAGGCAGAAGAUAAGGAGAACAAGUCAGAGGACAGCAGCAGUGAUUCGAAUUCGCAGUCGUCGUCGGACUCUGAUUCGGACUGAAACUUGCCGACGUCUUCGUGAGACAGACUGAGCAGCGCUGAGCUGAGCCAAGAGUCAAAGGAGCUCUGUCACUGUGCCAACCCUGCUCUCCUCCGCCCACCAGAGGGAGCCCCGCACCGCCUCAUCCACCUCACACUCACCCACUCAAUGUCGCUGAUGGUGAUCUUACUCAUUGAGGGACUCCGCCCCUAUGUCCAAAAUCAGUUUCAUCCCCUCCCCCGCUGUGAUUGGCAUCUCACAGUACGGGCCGCUGGCGUUAUGCCAAAAACUAGUUUGGUGACGUCGUUGGUUUCAAUCUUGACUUACAGGAUCAGGGUUAGGAUAGAGUUUUAAUGUUGAGGGUAAUUCUUAACCUUCCAGUGUUUUUAUUUUAUUAUUAUUAUGGUAAUUAGUUAAAGACAGGCGGCAUGAGUUGUUAACAGGCUUCAUAGAGGCGAAGAACAUGGAUCACUUUAGGGAGUGACGUGGGGGGGGUGGUGUGCUGGGUAAAGAAAUAUUGCACUCUUCAGAAUGUUUCCCUAUUUUUGUCCUAUUUUUUUCUCAGAGCCUUGUCGCUUUGUUCUCUUUUCUCAAUUUAUGAUGUAGAUUUUAUCAUUUGGUUGUUAAAGAGGUGGUAUUCUUUCAGGAAAAAAAUCAAGCCAUUGUGAAUUGUCUUUUUGUUGCUGGAAAUUUUUGGGAAUUUGUUACUGACCCAUGUUCUCAUUUAAUAGAUAGCAGUGCCUAUAUAAAGUAUUCACACCCUUUUGGACUUUUCAUGUUUUAUUAAUUUAUAGCGUUGCACAAUGUGGAUGCUUCGAUACUCUGACAGAAAAAAAAAAGGUCUUUAUUAUUACCAUGAAAUGUUCACUAAUAGUGAGGAACCCUGUACACAACGAUCUGCGAUAUCCUACGUGUUUCAAAGUGCCGCAGACAUUUCAUAUUUGAAGUAUAACUGACAUCGAUUGCAUCUAGUAAGACAGCAGCAAAAUUGCCUGUAAGGAAAACACAAAUGUAUCUAAAUAUACAGCAAGUUUGAAACGCCCACAACAUCAUUAAUCUCCAUAAAUGUUUUGUUUUUAAUCAUCUCUGUGAAUGUAUUUUCUGUACAUGUUACUUUGUCUUCACAAGUAUGUUUAAUUACAGACUGAGCUUCUAGGUAUAGGUUUCUUACUGGUCCCAAUUUUAAUCACACAAGUGAUCUCACUUCAACUUAUAACAAUCCUUCUGCAGCAGUCAAUACCUUUUGUAUUCAUUAGUUUUUUUGAUAUAACUAAAUUAAAACAUCAUUUGUAAAGACUUGUUCUGUUGAGUGUCAAAACAGCCUGUUUCCACUAGGCUUAAAACAGAAAGAGAUUUAAAGAAGGUGAAUACUUUUUAAAGGCGCUGCAAGAUCCAUAGCCUUGUGUCUGUCAUUUAUCGAAGUUAACAGACAUGUCCCGUAUAUUUAUCCACGAUUUUCAAGCAAUUCUGUUUGUCUUAGUUCCUUCUGGCCUGACUGUAAUGAACAGUGUUUAUUGUGUGACCGAGCAGUUUGUCAUUGAAGGGAUAACACUGGUUUUCCACAUGUACAGCUCAAUCUGACUGUUUCUAAAGAAUACAGAUGGUAUAUGUUUGUUCUCCAAACUGUUGUUUUAGGUUUAUGGUUUGAGUUAAAAAUGUUUGUUCUAUUGUGUUCUGAUCCAUCUGGAAUCAUUUUGUUGAGCUGAAUGGUUUUCAUAAAUUGUAUUUUCUUUUGAAUUUGUAAUGCUAUGGACUGUAAUCCGAAAGGGUUGUAGUCUAAUGCUUAAUCCCAAAAAAAGUGUGCACUUAAUGUAAAUCUUUCCCUCCUGUGUGAGUUUGUGUGCAUGCCUGCACAAAGCUGUGUAUAUAUGAGGGUGCGAGAGUGUGUUUCUUUGCUUUAAUGUGUGCUGUUUUUACUGUUUUGUUGCAUACCAUGAUGUGACUGCAGCGUGCAUGUUUGUGCCUGUGUGGGGACGUCAUACCAACACCAUGAAUGUAGAUAUUGUUAAAUCUUUGAAUUUUUCUUUCCAAAAGUCAUUUUUCUGCUUGGCGCUGUCGUGUCAUUGACAAGAUUUCCAUGACUGUCAUUAUAGGUCCAUAGACAAAUGAGUACAUCGCAACUUUUAAUAAUCUGUUAUUAAUGAACUGAUUUUGGCCAUUUUCAAUCUCAUCCCUGUUUGAAACAAAAACCAUUGUGGACUAUUUAAAUAAUUAGGGGAGGUAGAAGACACGUGAUUGCUGAUAUUGAUAGAUGGGAGUUUGUAAAAGGGAUUUGGGCAAGUUGCCAGAUGAUUGGGGUUAAAAACUUGUAAUUUUUCCUGUAAAUACUGUUUUUGUAUUCAGUGCUUAUUGUUUUGUUAGUGCUUUUAUUUGGCAAACCCUCAUCUGUGACCUGAGGCCAGUGAGUUUUUCACUCACAGGGGAGAGCUUUUGGUUAAAUUCACCUGUUUUAGUUGUUUAUUCUCUCCCUUAUGUUGGUUUAUAGAGAUAUCUAAGACAGCAAAGCUUUACAAGUUUGUACUGCUGAUCAUUUGACAAAAUGUGAUGUUUUCUAUAGCUGAGGGUGUUCUUAUGACCUUGUAGUUCAAGUAUUUGGGCAAAUAAAAAAUGAUCUUUAA